UACACGACAGAAACUCGCCCUUGGUCGAGGGGGGAGACCGUACGUGCAAAAGUCGAGCUUCAGAAGAAUAACGUCGACUGGAGAGGAUGGGCUCGCAAGACUCCAAUAUGACUUGGCACCUGUUUCCUGGGCGUAGUACGAUACAGAAAGAGAAAUGUUGCGCAAAAGCGAAGACCUGGCAGUUGGCUUUCCUGGUGGCGAUCUUGAUCCUGGUGUCAACAUUCAGCCUGUUCAGCUUAGUCUAUAACAGAAAUAAAAAACAGACCGAGUCUGAAACAAUGUUCAUCAAUGAGGACUAUGAGUCAAAUGGCGGCAACACCAAGGCAAGCCUAAAUUUUACCAGCAGUUGCCAACAUUCCAACUUUUUCGGUUGACCAUGACCGUAAUAACUCAAAAUCUACAUACACUUAGUGCUAACUAAUGCUAAGCUAAUUAAGUCAAAUGCUGUUAAUUUCAGAAUUUGACCCUCGCUGAACAACUGGAGCUGACCCUUCAUGGAAAAAUAGCAAAAAACGUCAGGAAGACCAAGUAUAAAAUCAAAUGCUGGCGCAGAGUCCUGAUGAAAGAUGAUGGAGAUGCUCAAAUGGGGGAGCUGGUUGGAGGUCUCCAAGUGGGCGGUGGCAUCGCCAUCAGGGGGCGAGUCAAGCCAAAUGCAAAAAGUUUUAAUGUCGACCUUUUGAUGGGCAAUAGCAGCAGUAGCGACGUGGCACUGAGCCUGAACCCUCGCAUGAAUGCCAAGGUGUUUGGACGCAACUCCUUUCUGUCUGGUUUCUGGGGUGUGGAGGAGCGCAAGCUGGACAAGUUCCCCUUUGCACCUGGCUUCUACUUUGAGAUGAAAAUCCACUGCGGCGUCGACGCGUUCACCGUGUCCGUCAACUGCGCCCGGCUCCUGGAGUACAAAUACCGUGUCGACCUGGACCGGAUCACCCAUGUGAGAGUGUUUGGCGACUUGAAGCUGCUUUUCGUUCAACAUGGCAAAGUUUGAAGUGCUGCUUUUUGUUCAUGCUUAUAUCUCAUCCUAUCCACUUUA